AUGGACGUGGACGUGGACGUAGACGUGGACGUGGACAUGGACGUGGACGUGGACGUGGACGUGGACGUGGACGUAGAAAUGAACGUGGACGUGGACGUGGACGUGCACAUGGAAAUGGACGUGGACAUGGACGUGGACGUGGACGUGAAUGUGGACGUGGACGUGGACGUGGACAUGGACGUGGACGUGGGCGUGGACAUGGACGUGGACGUGGACGUGGACGUGGACGUGGACAUGGACGUGGACAUGGACGUGGACAUGGACAUGGACGUGGACGUGGACGUGGACGUGGACGUAGAAAUGAACGUGGACGUGGACGUGGACGUGCACAUGGAAAUGGACGUGGACAUGGACGUGGACGUGAACGUGGACGUGGACGUGGACGUGGACAUGGACGUGGACGUGGACGUGGGCGUGGACAUGGACGUGGACGUGGACAUGGACGUGGUCGUGGUCGUGGACAUGGACGUGGACGUGGUCGUGGACGUGGACGUGGACGUGGACGUGGACGUGGACAUGGACGUGGACGUGGACGUGGACGUGGACGUGGACAUGGACAUGGACGUGGACGUGGACGUGGACGUGGACGUAGAAAUGGACGUGGACGUAGACGUGGACAUGGACAUGGACGUGGACGUGGACGUGGACGUGGACGUGGACGUGGACGUAGAAAUGAACGUGGACGUGGACGUGGACGUGCACAUGGAAAUGGACGUGGACAUGGACGUGGACGUGGACGUGAACGUGGACGUGGACGUGGACGUGGACAUGGACGUGGACGUGGGCGUGGACAUGGACGUGGACGUGGACGUGGACGUGGACGUAGACAUGGACGUGGACAUGGACGUGGACAUGGACAUGGACGUGGACGUGGACGUGGACGUGGACGUAGAAAUGAACGUGGACGUGGACGUGGACGUGCACAUGGAAAUGGACGUGGACAUGGACGUGGACGUGAACGUGGACGUCGACGUGGACGUGGACAUGGACGUGGACGUGGACGUGGGCGUGGACAUGGACGUGGACGUGGACAUGGACGUGGUCGUGGUCGUGGACAUGGACGUGGACGUGGUCGUGGACGUGGACGUGGACGUGGACGUGGACGUGGAAGUGGACGUGGUGGAGGACGUGGACGUGGACGUGGACCUGGACGUGGACCUGGACGUGGACCUGGAGGUGGACGUGGACCUGGACGUGGACCUGGACGUGGACCUGGACGUGGACGUGGACGAGGACGUGGACAUGGACGUGGACGUGGACGUAGAAAUGGACGUGGACGUAGAGGGUGACGUGGACGUAGAAAUGGACGUGGACCUGGACGUGCACGUGGACGUGGACGUGGACGUGGAUGUGGACGUGAACGUGGACGUGGUCGUGGUCGUGGACGUGGUCGUCAUCGUGGACGUGGACGUGGACGUGGUCAUGGACGUGGACGUGGACAUGGACGUGGUCGUGGUCGUGGACAUGGACGUGGACGUGGUCGUGGACGUGGACGUGGACGACGUGGACGUGGAGGACGUGGACGAGGACGUGGAGGACGUGGACGAGGACGUGGAGGACGUGGAGGACGUGGACGUGGACGUGGACGUGGACCUGGACGUGGACCUGGACGUGGACCUGGACGUGGACGUGGACGAGGACAUGGACUUGGACGUGGACAUGGACGUGGACGUGGACGUGAACGUGGACGUGGACAUGGACGUGGACGUGGACGUGGACGUGGACAUGGACGUGGACGUGGACAUGGACGUGGACGUGGACGUGGACAUGGACGUGGACGUGGACGUGGACAUGGACGUGGACGUGGACGUGGACAUGGACGUGGACGUAGACGUGGACGUGGACGUGGACGUGGACGUGGACCUGGACAUGGACGUGGACAUGGACGUGGACGUGGACGUGGACGUGGACCUGGAAAUGGACGUGGACGUGGACGUGGACGUGGAGGUGGACGUGGACAUGGACAAGGACGUAGAAAUGGACGUGGAGGUGGACGUGGACAUGGACGUAGACGUGGACGUGGACAUGGACGUGGACGUAGAAAUGGACGUGGACGUGGACGUGGACGUGGACGUAGACGUGGACGUGGACGUGGACGUGGACGUGGACCUGGACGUGGACGUGGACCUGGACGUGGACGUGGACAUGGACGUGGACGUGGACGUGGACGUGGACGUGGAAAUGGACGUGGACGUGGACGUGGACAUGGACGUGGACGUGGACAUGGACAAGGACGUAGACGUGGACGUGGACGUGGACGUGGACAUGGACGUGGACAUGGACGUGGACGUGGACGUGGACGUGGACGUGGACGUCGAAAUGGAUGUGUACGUAGACGUGGACAUGGACGUGGACGUGGACAUGGACGUGGACGUGGACGUGGACGUGGACGUGGACGUGGACGUGGACGUGGACGAGGACGUGGAGGAGGACGUGGACGUGGACGUGGACGUGGACGUGGACGUGGACGUGGACAUGGACGUGGACGUGGACGUGGACAUGGACGUGGACGUGGACGUGGACGUGGACGUGGACGUGGACGUGGACGUGGACAUGGACGUGGACGUGGACAUGGACAUGGACGUGGACGUGGACGUGGACGUGGACAUGGACGUGGACCUGGACGUGGACGUGGACGUGGACGUGGACGUGGACGAGGACGUGGACGAGGACGUGGAGGAAGACGUGGACGUGGACGUGGACGUGGACGUGGACGUAGACGUGGACGUGGACGUGGACGUGGACGUGGACGUGGACGUGGACAUGGACGUGGACGUGGACGUGGACGUGGACAUGGACAUGGACGUGGACAUGGACGUGGACGUGGACGUGGACGUGGACGUAGACGUGGACGUGGACGUGGACGUGGACGUGGACGUGGACGUAGACGUGGACGUAGACGUGGACGUGGACGUGGACGUGGACGUGGACGUGGACAUGGACGUGGACUUGGACGUGGACAUGGACGUGGACGUGGACGUAGACGUGGACAUGGACGUGGACGUGGACGUGGACGUGGACGUGGACGUGGACGUGGACAUGGACGUGGACGUGGACGUGGACAUGGACGUGGACGUGGACGUGGACGUGGACGUGGACGUGGACGUGGACAUGGACGUGGACGUGGACGCGGACGUGGACGUGGACAUGGACGUGGACAUGGACGUGGACGUGGACGUGGACGUGGACGUCGAAAUGGAUGUGGACGUAGACGUGGACAUGGACGUGGACGUCCACGUCCACUCCACUUCCACGUCCACGUCCACGUCCACGUCUACGUCUACGUCCACGUCCACGUCCAUGUCCACGUCCACGUCCAUGUCCAUGUCCACGUCCACAUCCACGUCCAUGUCCACGUCCACGUCCACGUCUACGUCCAUGUCCACGUCCACGUCCAUGUCCGCGUCCACGUCCAAGUCCACGUCCAUGUCCACGUCCAUGUCUACGUCCACGUCCACGUCCACGUCUACGUCCACGUCCACGUCCACGUCCACGUCCACGUCCAUGUCCACGUCCACGUCCACGUCCACGUCCAUAUCCAUGUCCACGUCCACGUCCACGUCCACGUCUACGUCCUUGUCCAUGUCCACGUCUACGUCCACGUCCAUUUCUACGUCCACGUCCACGUCCAUGUCCACGUCUACGUCCUCGUCCACGUCCACGUCCACGUCCACGUCCAUGUCCACGUCCACGUCCACGUCCACGUCAACGUCCACGUCUACGUCCAUGUCCAUGUCCACGUCUACGUCCAUGUCCACGUCCACGUCCACGUCCACGUCCACGUCCACGUCCAUGUCCACGUCCACGUCCACGUCCACGUCCACACGUGGACGUAGACGUGGACGUGGAGUGGACGUGGACAUGGACGUGGACGUGGACGUGGACGUGGACGUGGACGUAGAAAUGGACGUAGACGUGGACGUAGACGUAGAAAUGGACGUGGACGUGGACGUGGACGUGGACGUGGACGUGGACGUGGACGUGAACGAGGACGUGGACGUGGACAUGGACGUGGACGUGGACGUGGACACCGUGGACAUGGACGUGGACGUAGACGUGGACGUGGACGUGGACGUGGACGUGGACCUGGACGUGGACCUGGACGUGGACAUGGACGUGGACGUGGACGUGGACGUGGACGUGGACAUGGACGUGGACGUGGACGUGGACGUGGACGUGGACGUGGACGAGGACGUGGACGUGGACGUGGACGUAGACGUGGACGUAGACGUGGACGUGGACGUGGACGUGGACAUGGACGUGGACGUGGACGUGGACGUGGACGUGGACGUGGACGUGGACAUGGACGUGGACGUGGACGUGGACAUGGACGUGGACGUGGACGUAGAAAUGGAGGUCGACGUAGACGUGGACAUCGACAUGGACGUAGACGUGGACGUGGACGUGGACGUGGACGUGGACGUGGACAUGGACGUGGACGUGGACGUGGACAUGGACGUGGACAUGGACGUGGACGUGGACAUGGACGUGGACAUGGACGUGGACGUGGACAUGGACGUGGACAUGGACGUGGACGUGGACAUGGACGUGGACGUGGACGUGGACAUGGACGUGGACGUGGACGUGGACGUGGACGUGGACGUGGACAUGGACGUGGACGUGGACGUGGACAUGGACGUGGACAUGGACGUGGACGUGGACAUGGACGUGGACGUGGACGUGGACAUGGACGUGGACAUGGACGUGGACAUGGACGUGGACGUGGACAUGGACGUGGACAUGGACGUGGACGUGGACAUGGACGUGGACGUGGACGUGGACAUGGACGUGGACGUGGACGUGGACGUGGACGUGGACAUGGCCAUGGACGUGGACGUGGACAUGGACGUGGACGUGGACGUGGACGUGGACGUGGACCUGGACAUGGACGUGGACGUGGACGUGGACGUGGACGUGGACGUGGAAAUGGACGUGGACGUGGACGUGGACGUGGACGUGGACGUGGACAUGGACAAGGACGUAGAAAUGGACGUGGAGGUGGACGUGGACAUGGACGUGGACGUGGACGUGGACAUGGACGUGGACGUAGAAAUGGACGUGGACGUGGACGUGGACAUGGACGUGGACGUGGACGUGGACGUGGACGUGGACGUGGACGUGGACGUGGACAUGGACGUGGACGUGGACGUGGACGUGGACAUGGACGUGGACGUGGACAUGGACGUAGACGUGGACGUAGAAAUGGACAUGGACGUAGAAAUGGACGUGGACGUACACGUGGACAUGGACGUGGACGUAGACGUGGACGUGGACGUGGAUGUGGACGUGGACAUGGACGUGGACAUGGACGUGGACAUGGACGUGGACGUGGACGUGGACGUGGACAUGGAUGUGGACGUGGACGUGGACGUGGACGUGGACGUGGACAUGUACGUGGACGUGGACAUGGACGUAGACGUGGACGUGGACGUGGACAUGGACGUGGACGUGGACGUGGACGUGGACGUGGACGUGGACAUGGACGUGGACGUAGACGUGGACAUGGACGUGGACGUGGACGUGGACAUGGACGUGGACGUGGACGUGGACAUGGACGUGGACAUGGACGUGGACAUGGACGUGGACGUGGACGUGGACGUGGACGUAGAAAUGGACGUGGACGUGGACGUGGACGUGGACGUGGACGUGGACGUAGAAAUGGACGUGGACGUGGACGUGGACGUGGACGUGGACAUGGACGUGGACGUGGACGUGGAUAUGGACGUGGACGUGGACAUGGACGUGGAUGUAGAAAUGGACGUGGACGUGGACGUGGACGUGGACGUGGACUUGGACGUGGACGUGGACAUGGACGUGGACGUGGACGUGGACAUGGACGUGGACAUGGACGUGGACAUGGACGUGGACGUGGACCUGGACGUGGACGUGGACAUGGACGUGGACGUGGACGUGGACGUGGAAAUGGACGUGGACGUGGACGUAGAAAUGGACGUAGACGUGGACGUGGACGUGGACAUGGACGUGGACGUGGACAUGGACGUGGAGGUAGACGUGGACGUGGACGUGGACGUGGACGUGGACAUGGACGUGGACGUGGACGUGGACAUGGACGUGGACAUAGACGUGGACAUGGACGUGGACGUGGACAUGGACGUGGACGUGGACAUGGACGUGGACGUGGACGUGGACGUGGACAUGGACGUGGACGUGGACGUGGACGUGGACGUGGACGUGGACAUGGACAUGGACAUGGACGUGGACGUCGACGUGGACGUGGACGUAGAAAGGGACGUGGACGUAGACGUGGACGUGGACAUGGACGUGGACGUGGACGUGGACGUGGACGUAGAAAUGAACGUGGACGUGGACGUGGACGUGCACAUGGAAAUGGACGUGGACAUGGACGUGGACGUGGACGUGAACGUGGACGUUGACGUGGACGUGGACAUGGACGUGGACGUGGGCGUGGACAUGGACGUGGACGUGGACGUGGACGUGGACAUGGACGUGGACAUGGACGUGGACAUGGACAUGGACGUGGACGUGGACGUGGACGUGGACGUGGACGUAGAAAUGAACGUGGACGUGGACGUGGACGUGCACAUGGAAAUGGACGUGGACAUGGACGUGGACGUGGACGUGAACGUGGACGUGGACGUGGACGUGGACAUGGACGUGGACGUGGACGUGGGCGUGGACAUGGACGUGGACGUGGACAUGGACGUGGUCGUGGUCGUGGACAUGGACGUGGACGUGGUCGUGGACGUGGACGUGGACGUGGACAUGGACGUGGACGUGGACGUAGAAAUGGACGUGGACGUAGACGUGGACAUGGACAUGGACGUGGACGUGGACGUGGACGUGGACGUGGACGUAGAAAUGAACGUGGACGUGGACGUGGACGUGCACAUGGAAAUGGACGUGGACAUGGACGUGGACGUGGACGUGAACGUGGACGUGGACGUGGACGUGGACAUGGACGUGGACGUGGGCGUGGACAUGGACGUGGACGUGGACGUGGACGUAGACAUGGACGUGGACAUGGACGUGGACAUGGACAUGGACGUGGACGUGGACGUGGACGUAGAAAUGAACGUGGACGUGGACGUGGACGUGCACAUGGAAAUGGACGUGGACAUGGACGUGGACGUGAACGUGGACGUGGACGUGGACGUGGACAUGGACGUGGACGUGGACGUGGGCGUGGACAUGGACGUGGACGUGGACAUGGACGUGGUCGUGGUCGUGGACAUGGACGUGGACGUGGUCGUGGACGUGGACGUGGACGUGGACGUGGACGUGGAAGUGGACGUGGUGGAGGACGUGGACGUGGACGUGGACCUGGACAUAGACCUGGACGUGGACCUGGAGGUGGACGUGGACCUGGACGUGGACCUGGACGUGGACCUGGACGUGGACGUGGACGAGGACGUGGACAUGGACGUGGACGUGGACGUAGAAAUGGACGUGGACGUAGAAAUGGACGUGGACCUGGACGUGCACGUGGACGUGGACGUGGACGUGGAUGUGGACGUGAACGUGGACGUGGUCGUGGUCGUGGACGUGGUCGUGAUCGUGGACGUGGACGUGGACGUGGUCAUGGACGUGGACGUGGACAUGGACGUGGUCGUGGUCGUGGACAUGGACGUGGACGUGGUCGUGGACGUGGACGUGGACGACGUGGACGUGGAGGACGUGGACGAGGACGUGGAGGACGUGGACGAGGACGUGGAGGACGUGGAGGACGUGGACGUGGACGUGGACGUGGACCUGGACGUGGACCUGGACGUGGACCUGGACGUGGACGUGGACGAGGACAUGGACUUGGACGUGGACAUGGACGUGGACGUGGACGUGAACGUGGACGUGGACAUGGACGUGGACGUGGACGUGGACGUGGACAUGGACGUGGACGUGGACGUGGACGUGGACAUGGACGUGGACGUGGACGUGGACGUGGACAUGGACGUGGACGUGGACGUGGACAUGGACGUGGACGUAGACGUGGACGUGGACGUGGACGUGGACCUGGACCUGGACAUGGACGUGGACAUGGACGUGGACGUGGACGUGGACGUGGACCUGGAAAUGGACGUGGACGUGGACGUGGACGUGGAGGUGGACGUGGACAUGGACAAGGACGUAGAAAUGGACGUGGAGGUGGACGUGGACAUGGACGUAGACGUGGACGUGGACAUGGACGUGGACGUAGAAAUGGACGUGGACGUGGACGUGGACGUGGACGUAGAUGUGGACGUGGACGUGGACGUGGACGUGGACGUGGACCUGGACGUGGACGUGGACCUGGACGUGGACGUGGACAUGGACGUGGUCGUGGUCGUGGACAUGGACGUGGACGUGGUCGUGGACGUGGACGUGGACGUGGACGUGGACGUGGAAGUGGACGUGGUGGAGGACGUGGACGUGAACGUGGACCUGGACGUAGACCUGGACGUGGACCUGGAGGUGGACGUGGACCUGGACGUGGACCUGGACGUGGACCUGGACGUGGACGUGGACGAGGACGUGGACAUGGACGUGGACGUGGACGUAGAAAUGGACGUGGACGUAGAAAUGGACGUGGACCUGGACGUGCACGUGGACGUGGACGUGGACGUGGAUGUGGACGUGAACGUGGACGUGGUCGUGGUCGUGGACGUGGUCGUGAUCGUGGACGUGGACGUGGACGUGGUCAUGGACGUGGACGUGGACAUGGACGUGGUCGUGGUCGUGGACAUGGACGUGGACGUGGUCGUGGACGUGGACGUGGACGACGUGGACGUGGAGGACGUGGACGAGGACGUGGAGGACGUGGACGAGGACGUGGAGGACGUGGAGGACGUGGACGUGGACGUGGACGUGGACCUGGACGUGGACCUGGACGUGGACCUAGACGUGGACGUGGACGAGGACAUGGACUUGGACGUGGACAUGGACGUGGACGUGGACGUGAACGUGGACGUGGACAUGGACGUGGACGUGGACGUGGACGUGGACAUGGACGUGGACGUGGACAUGGACGUGGACGUGGACGUGGACAUGGACGUGGACGUGGACGUGGACGUGGACAUGGACGUGGACGUGGACGUGGACAUGGACGUGGACGUAGACGUGGACGUGGACGUGGACGUGGACGUGGACGUGGACCUGGACAUGGACGUGGACAUGGACGUGGACGUGGACGUGGACCUGGAAAUGGACGUGGACGUGGACGUGGACGUGGAGGUGGACGUGGACAUGGACAAGGACGUAGAAAUGGACGUGGAGGUGGACGUGGACAUGGACGUAGACGUGGACGUGGACAUGGACGUGGACGUAGAAAUGGACGUGGACGUGGACGUGGACGUGGACGUAGACGUGGACGUGGACGUGGACGUGGACGUGGACCUGGACGUGGACGUGGACCUGGACGUGGACAUGGACGUGGACGUGGACGUGGACAUGGACGUGGACGUGGACGUGGACGUGGACGUGGACGUGGACAUGGACGUGGACGCGUGGACGUGGACGGACAUGGACGUGGACAUGGACAUGGACGUGGACGUGGACGUGGACGUGGACAUGGACGUGGACGUGGACGUGGACGUGGACGUGGACGUAGACGUGGACGUGGACGUGGACUUGGACGUGGACGUGGACGUGGACGUGGACAUGGACGUGGACAUGGACGUGGACGUGGACGUGGACGUGGACAUGGACGUCGACGUGGACGUGGACGUGGACCGUGGACAUGGACGUGGACACGUGGACGUGGACGUGGACAUGGACGUGGACGUGGACGUGGACAUGGACGUGGACGUGGACGUGGACGUGGACAUGGACGUGGACGUGGACGUGGACGUGGACGUGGACGUCGAAGUGGACGUGGACGUGGACCUGGACCUGGACGUGGACCUGGACGUAGACAUGGACGUGGACGUGGACGUGGACGUGGACAUGGACGUGGACGUGGAAGUGGACGUGGACGUGGACGUAGAAAUGGACGUGGACGUGGACGUGGACGUGGACGUGGACAUGGACGUGGACGUGGAAGUGGACGUGGAUGUGGACGUAGAAAUGGACGUGGACGUGGACGUGGACGUGGACGUGGACGUUGAAAUGGACGUGGACGUGGAAAUGGACGUGGACGUGGACGUGGACGUCGAAAUGGACGUGGACGUGGACGUGGACGUGGACGUGGACGUGGACGUAGAAAUGGACGUGGACGUAGAAAUGGACGUGGACGUAAACGUGGAAGUGGACGUGGACGUGGACGUAGAAAUGGACGUGGACGUGGAUGUGGACGUGGACGUGGACGUGGACGUGGACGUCGAAAUGGACGUGGACGUGGACGUGGACGUCGAAAUGGACGUGGACGUCGACGUGGACGUGGACGUGGACGUGGACGUAGAACUGGACGUGGACGUAGAAAUGGACGUGGACGUAGAAAUGGACGUGGACGUGGACGUGGUUGUGGACGUGGACGUGGACGUGGAGGUGGAAGUGGACGUGGACGUGGACGUGGAAGUGGACGUGGACGUGGAGGUAGACGUGGACGUGGACGUGGAGGUGGACGUGGACAUGGACGUGGACGUGGACCUGGACGUGGACGUGGACGUGGACGUGGACGUCGAAAUGGACGUGGACGUGGACGUGGACGUGGACGUGGACGUGGACGUAGAAAUGGACGUGGACGUGGACGUGGACGUGGACAUGGACGUGGACGUGGACGUGGACGUAGAAAUGGACGUGGACGUGGACGUGGACGUGGACGUGGACAUGGACGUGGACGUGGACGUGGACGUGGACGUGGACGUCGAAGUGGACGUGGACGUGGACCUGGACCAGGACGUGGACCUGGACGUGGACGUGGACGUGGACGUGGACGUGGACGUGGACAUGGACGUGGAUGUGGAAGUGGACGUGGACGUGGACGUAGAAAUGGACGUGGACGUGGACGUGGACGUGGACCUGGACGUGGACGUGGAAGUGGACGUGGACGUAGAAAUGGACGUGGACGUGGACUUGGACGUGGACCUGGACGUGGACGUGGAAGUGGACGUGGACGUGGACGUAGAAAUGGACGUGGACGUGGACGUAGACGUGGACGUGGACGUGGACGUGGACGUGGACGUGGACGUGGACGUGGAAAUGGACGUGGACGUGGACGUGGACGUAGAAAUGGACGUGGACGUGGACGUGGACGUGGACAUGGACGUGGACGUGGACGUGGACGUGGACGUGGACGUCGAAGUGGACGUGGACGUGGACCUGGACCUGGACGUGGACCUGGACGUAGACAUGGACGUGGACGUGGACGUGGACAUGGACGUGGACGUGGACGUGGACGUGGACAUGGACGUGGACAUGGACAUGGACGUGGACGUGGACGUGGACAUGGACCUGGACGUGGACGUGGACGUCGAAAUGGACGUGGACGUGGACGUGGACGUGGACGUGGACGUGGACGUAGAAAUGGACAUGGACGUGGACAUGGACAUGGACGUGGACGUGGACGUGGACAUGGACGUGGACGUGGACGUGGACGUGGACGUAGAAAUGGACGUGGACGUGGACGUGGACGUGGACGUGGACGUGGACAUGGACGUGGACGUGGACGUGGACGUGGACGUCGAAGUGGACGUGGACGUGGACCUGGACCUGGAUGUGGACCUGGACGUAGACAUGGACGUGGACGUGGACGUGGACGUGGGCGUGGACGUGGACAUGGACGUGGACGUGGAAGUGGACGUGGACGUGGACGUAGAAAUGGACGUGGACGUGGACGUGGACGUGGACGUGGACAUGGACGUGGACGUGGAAGUGGACGUGGACGUGGACGUGGAAAUGGACGUGGACGUGGACGUGGACGUGGACGUGGACGUGGACGUGGAAAUGGACGUGGACGUGGACGUGGACGUAGAAAUGGACGUGGACGUAGACGUGGACGUGGACGUGGACGUGGACGUGGACAUGGACGUGGACGUGGACGUGGACGUGGACGUGGACGUCGAAGUGGACGUGGACGUGGACCUGGACCUGGACGUGGACCUGGACGUAGACAUGAACGUGGACGUGGACGUGGACGUGGACGUGGACGUGGACGUGGACAUGGACGUUGACGUGGACAUGGACAUGGACGAUGGACGUGGACAAAUGGACGUGGACGUGGACGUGGACGUGGACAUAGACGUGGACUUGGACGUGGACGUGGACGUGGACGUAGAAAUGGACGUGGACGUGGACGUGGACGUGGAGGUGGACGUGGACAUGGACGUGGACGUGGACGUGGACGUGGACGUCGAAGUGGACGUGGACGUGGACCUGGACCUCGAUGUGGACCUGGACGUAGACAUGGACGUGGACGUGGACGUGGACGUGGAAGUGGACGUGGACAUGGACGUGGACGUGGAAGUGGACGUGGACGUGGACGUAGAAAUGGACGUGGACGUGGACGUGGACGUGGACGUGGACAUGGACGUGGACGUGGAAGUGGACGUGGACGUGGACGUAGAAAUGGACGUGGACGUGGACGUGAACGUGGACGUGGACGUGGACGUGGACGUGGACGUGGAAAUGGACGUGGACGUGGACGUGGACGUCGAAAUGGACGUGGACGUGGACGUGGAUGUGGACGUGGACGUAGAAAUGGACGUGGACGUGGACGUGGUUGUGGACGUGGACGUGGACGUGGAGGUGGAAGUGGACGUGGAUGUGGACGUGGAAGUGGACGUGGACGUGGACAUGGAGGUGGACGUGGACGUGGAUGUGGAGGUGGACGUGGACAUGGACGUGGACGUGGACGUGGACCUGGACCUGGACGUGGACAUGGACGUGGACGUAGACAUGGACGUGGACGUGGACAUGGACGUGGACGUGGACGUGGAAGUGGACGUGGACGUGGACGUAGAAAUGGACGUGGACGUGGACGUUCACGUGGACGUGGACGUGGACCUGGACGUGGACAUGGACGUGGACAUGGACGUGGACGUGGACAUGGACGUGGACGUGGACGUGGACGUAAACGUCGACGUAAAAAUGGACGUGGACGUGGACGUGGACGUGGACGUGGACGUGGACCUGGACGUUGACGUGGACGUGGACGUGGACGUGUUUGCGUGGUUCAGGAGCUUGCUUGGAGCUUGCGUGGUCUAA